CGUUGCGCUAUGUGGUCCCAGGAUAAUGUUUCGCGGUUGAUUUUCUUUGUCCUGCUAAUGAGCAAGAGAGUUACUUCAAAGGAGCCUCAGUGUUCCGCCUUUCACUACGAAGAGCAGUUGUUGUCAAAAAUGAUCCGGAUGGAAAUAUCGAUGGAACAACAACAACAACGAGUAAAUGACGCUUUGGAAAAAAUGUCACAAACUAUUGAAAUAUUUAAAACGGACGCAAUUAAAAAAGAAAACCAAAUGCUAGACAGAAUCAGAGAAGCUCUUGAAAGUGCUGAUGCUACAAUGGUGAAUUUCUCUAAUAGGACAAUAUUACUUGAGGACAACCUAAAGAACGCGGUCGAUGACUUCGCUCAGGAUUCUAAACUGCUGAGUUCGACAUUGACUCAAAAUGUAUCGGAAGCAAUAGGAUAUUUGCAUACGUUAGAAGAGAAAGUUAGAACACCAACGAUAGCAUUUGAAGCAAAGGCCCUAAAGGAUCUCAGUUUAACAGCCUUCAAACCUCUCGUAUUCACAGAGGCCGUGUUCAACCAUGGGAACGGAUAUGACGUCAAAUCAGGCGUGUUCACAUGCCCCCUCAACGGCACGUACUUGUUCACGUCACAUCUAUGUACUGCCCAUAACAGAGCUGUUCACUACAGUUUAUUUGUGGACGACAUUGUUCAUACCAGUGGGUACGUACAUGGGAGCAUUACCCAUCAUUGCACGUCGUUUAAUGCAAUUGCGAUAUUGAGCGUUGCAAGCAAGGUGUGGAUUCAGACGGGAGAUAAUGGCGGUACAUUCUAUCAAGAAUCCCAGAAUUGGUUGAACACAUUCUCCGGUGUUCUUCUUCAUCGUUAAACUAACUUAUGGUGGUUGGAAUGGAUAAUAAUGAUAAUAGUAUAACCGUCUUCUCCAUCAGGAUGUUAUUAUGAUGGCUUUGAUGGCAUGUUUUGAAUCUACUUAAAAGGAUGUACUUUUAUAGCAAACAGUGUAAACUUCGAGUUGAAGUAGAAGCAUUAGCCAAACCGCUCAAGGGAAGUCAAACAAUAAUUGUCACCGAAAAAACCAAAUCAGUCACGAUCAUUUAAACGUGUGAAUAUUUUUUCUUAGUUUUUCUGUGCGUAAAAUCAAAUUAAGAUUUCCAAUGUAUAAUGUAACCAAUUACUUAUCAAUUUUUUCUCUUUUAAGGACAAUUUGUAAACAUUUAUUAAUAUACAGUAGUAAUUACAGCAUCAUGAAUUUUUGUAUUAUGUUGAUUUCAAUGUUAUUUAUUUUUUGCCAAUAACAUAUUGACUUGACCUUUUAGUUGCUGUUGCCUGGUGAUCCCAUACAUUGUGUUAUGAUUUGUCAGGAAAUUGCCUCUUGUUUACUACUGUAAAAAUAUUAUCAAAAAAGAAUAUGGAUGGUGAUAUUGUUAUUACCUAAUCUAAAACCGGAUGUGAAAAUGAUUUUUUGGCAAUAUUUCAUGGCCAAAAAAGCCUGUUUCUAAUACUAUUUUGGGUAUAAUGUUUAAUUAUUAUUUCUCUACUUCUAAAACUCUUUCAAAUGAUAGUAAGAUAUUAUGGGGUCAGCAGGAGUUUACCAUUCACAUUAUUGUUUAUUGGAUACCUUGGUAUAUGCAAUGAUUUACAAUGAAAUGUGAAUGAUGAAAUGUGAAAUUGAAAAUAAACGAAACGAUAGUCAAAA